AUCAGGAGUCAGGACUACGGAUUUGCAUGCUACCAUGUUCACAAGUGACUACUUUUAUAGGUGAACCGAUGACAAUAAGACUUGAUUCAUGACGACACUAUUUUUGCUCCGGCUGUUCCUGGAACAACAGAACAGGCUGUGUCCCGGUCGCUUGGUACGCUCCUUGAAGGGUUGCGCAGCACUGGUUGGAACAUGAAACACGUUAUAACGCUGAAAGGGGAGCCCUGCAGGUCCAUUUCUUCUCAUCAUUUUUAUUUCUCUAUCCUCGCGGGCUCGAGUCAUUAAUAUUUCUUUUCUCCUCGGACUGCAGGCAGUCUACCAUCGUAUUUGGUCUGUUAAUUCGCUUUCUAGAGCGUCAUGAUUGCUUCUGCUUUCUUCACGACCCUUUCGUUGUUUCUUCUAAGCCGGGAUGCAUUUGCAGCACCGACAGCGCCUACGCCUGUGGUUGGGCGGAGCAUGCCUAUCCGCAGGCUGAACCCUUCGUCACAGAACUUUACGCUGAUGAUUCAGCAAGCAAAAGACCAAAGGGAUAUGCUUGCUGCGAAGUAUGGUGGUCAGUCGCUGCAGACAAGAGGCACUGGAUAUAACCUCAUCGUCAAUCAGGGGGUUGACACAGGCUACUAUGGAACCAUCGCGAUUGGGACGCCGCCAGUGUCAUAUGAUGUCAUUCUCGACACUGGUUCAUCCGAUCUGUGGCUAACCAGUUCGACUUGUGAAUCCGGCUGCGGAACCAGCCUCACAUACGAUCCUGCAAAAUCGUCCACUUUCCAAAAUCUCUCGACAGCACUUGAGAUCCAAUAUGGCUCGGGUGCAGUUGCUGGCUAUGUUGCUGAGGAGACUGUUCAGAUGGCUGGUUUCUCGGUGGAAAAGCAGGGUUUUGGCGUUGUCAAUGUUCUCUCGUCAGCCUUUACCCAGAACCCUGUAUCUGGGAUAAUGGGUCUCGCCUGGGCUCCGCUUGCUUCCACGAAACAGACACCUUUCUGGCAAACUUUGGCUAGUGGUGGAAGUUGGGAUUCUGCGUUAUUCGGAGUACAGCUAACACGCUAUGGCAAUGCGUCUGGUGCCACCCAAAAUGAACCGGGAGGUGUUAUUGAUAUGGGUUACACCAACAGCAGUCUUUACACGGGGUCAAUUGAAUACUAUGACCUUGUUGGAACACCACAAUUUUGGGAGAUUAACAUGAAUACGCUAACUGUCCAGGGAAAGUCCAUCGAUAUCGCAGGGAUGUCGACUGCUAUAAUCGACACUGGAACCACAAACAUUGCAGGCCCUUCCACUGCCAUUGCGAGCAUCUACGCACAGAUCCCUGGAUCCCAACUAGGAACGGGCUCAUUGGAAGGGUAUUACACUUAUCCAUGCAGCACGACGGUGAAUGUGGAGUUCAACUUUGGUGGCAACACUUGGUCGAUGAGCCCCGCGGACUUCACGCACACCCAGGUCAGUAGCACGGAGUGCAUUGGGGCUUUCUUCGUCUCUACAAUCGGCCAAGGGGGUCCUUCGUGGGUUAUUGGCGACGCAUUCCUCAAAAACGUUUACUCUGUUUUUAAGUACAGUCCUGCCUCUGUUGGUUUUGCUGCACUAUCGGAGACUGCUAUCGCUCAGAAUGGUAUCAAAGCUGCGGUUCCAUCCCCAACAAUUGGCGCUGUGACAGUUGCCACAAGCACAGGUGGUGCAUCAAAUACUGCGUCAAAUACUGCAUCGAGUGGUAGUCCUUUGAGUUUGCUCUGCUUCUGGUUAGCUUCUGCAUCGAUAGCUUUUUUGUUCUUGUGAUUUUGUUAAUACGGACAUUUCAUAUAAUUACACAUUCCUUGCAAGGUACCUGGAGUUUGCAAUCCCCGCAAGUUACCGCUGGAGCAAACCUCAUUUGUAACAAGCGCCCACUAUAUUGCAUCUCUUUCUUUUCCCUGAACGCUUCCGUUGAAUGGAUAACUCCGGGUCAGCCCCGCCAAUCGAUACAUUCCAGUUAUAUGAUCUCCGUGUCGAGGUUAUAUGCCCACCAGGGGAACGU